AUGGAGGGAUCUUCACUUACAGCUGAUAUGCUAGCAGACCUUGAACCCCCCCAUGAGGUCAGGCUGUCACCGUCUGCAAAGCAUGCAGUGUACACUCUGCGUUCGGACUGGAAUCGACCCAAGGGUAAUUGGGUAUCGUCGCUUUGGAUCGUGAAGAUCGGCAAUCGCCAUUCAGCACGGCAACUGACGCCUGGAGAAAGUAAUGACUCCUGGCCGCAGUUUAGUCCAGACGGAAGCUCAAUUGCGUUUCUUUCAAACCGAGCAAGCGAGGGCGUUACUGGCGUCUGGCUCUUGGACCUUGGCAGUGGUGACGUGAUUCCUCUGACACCAACAGGUCAAGGGAAGAGUGUCUACAAGUUUGCUUGGAGUAGAGACGGGAAGUAUAUCGCGUACCUGAGUGCGGACGAAACUUCGGAGGAGCAAAGAGCCAGAUAUGAAAGGAAAGACGACCCUAUUGUUUACGGCCAAGACUGGGAGUACGCGCGACUUCGUACUAUCGAGGUUGCUACCAAGAAAGUUAAUACUGUGGUAUCUUCGAACUUUCAUGUCUACGACUUCGCGUUCAGUCCAGAUUCAAAAAGUCUAGCUUAUGCGACGGCAAAAACACCUGAAAGUGCAUCGGCCGAGACCAAUGGUACCUCGCUGGCAGUAGUGCCGCUGGAAGACCGAAGCGUGGUCAACUUAUCGCACUUUCCAGGUCAAAUCAACGAUCUUUGCUGGAUCUCGUCUGGUCUGUGGUGGAGGGGAAUAUAUGACUCGAAGACCAUAUUAUCAUCGAAGACAGUGUACAAUUUGUCACUUGAUACCAAGGAAUGGAGCCGACAUGCUUUUGGUGAGAACAACUGCGCUUCUACUUGGGCCCUGCCCCCUGGUUUACAACAGGCAUCCGAUAGCACCAUAGUGGCCGAAGUGCAGCAUGGUCUUGCAGAUCAGCUCCACGCCUUACCGGAGGGAACUUUGCUGCACGACGAACUGCGUGAAAUCAGGGGCUUCGAUGCCGUGUUCAAAGAUGGAAAUGUGGUUCUAACUGUGGUUAAAAGUAGCGGGAGUUCCCCUAACGAACUCUAUUCAAUUGUUAAUGGCGAGACUGUCCAGCUCUCUAACCACGGCGAAGACAUUGCAAAGUUGGAAAUUGCAACUGCCGAGCCCUUCUAUGCCAAAGCACAAGACGGCACGGAACUCGACGGCGUCCUUGUAACUCCGAAGAAUUACAAACGCACCCAAGCCAUGGCCAACCGUCGUCGUCGCUCAUGGUGGGCCGUAUCAGAGAACUUCUUGUGGUUUUGA